AUGGUCAACAUGAAGUCCCUCGGCGCUGUUGCGCUCUCGCUCCUUGCUGCCACCGAUGUUGCCGCCCACCCACAUCAUGACCACAAGGCCGAGGCUCUCGAGCGCCGUACCAACAUGGCCAGGAUGGGCAAGCGCUCUCUUUCCCACUGCGCCGAGAAGAUCCAGGCUCGCGGCAUCGAGGCUAAGAACGCCGCCCGCCGCCAAGCUAUGCACGACCAGCUCUCCAAGCGUGCUUCUCUGGCCAAGCGCGACCUCGACACCGUCCUCAACUCCUCGCACCACUCUGAUCUUACCGGAGUCACCCCCAACUCCGACCCCAGCCUCCUCUUCACCGGCAACAACUCCUGCAUUCUUGCUCCGGAGACUACCCAAGGCCCCUACUAUGUCGUUGGCGAACUGUUUCGCCAGAACAUCACCGAGACGCAGGAGGGCGUUCCUCUCUACUUAGACAUCCAAGUCCUCGACACCAACACCUGCGAGCCCAUAAAGGAUGUGGCUAUGGACUUCUGGCACUGUAACGCAACUGGCGUCUACUCCGGAAUCGCUGCUAGCGGCAACGGCGACUCUUCUGACACCGCCAACCUCAACAAGACCUUCCUUCGCGGCAUCCAGUCCACCGACGAGGACGGAGUGCUCCAGUUCGUCUCCAUCGUCCCUGGCCACUAUGUUUCGCGUGCAAACCACAUCCACGUUCUUGCACACAGCCCUGGCGCUUGGUCCCACCUGCCUAACGGCACCAUCUCAGGCGGCGGCAACACUGCUCAUGUUGGCCAGCUCUUCUUCGACCAGGACCUGCUCUAUGAAGUCGAGGCCUUCGAGCCUUACAGCACCAACACCCAGGACUGGACCCUUAACGACGAGGACAGCAUCCUUUCCGGCGAGGCUGACGACAUUGACCCCGUUGUCGAGUACGUCCUUCUCGGCGACUCCGUUGCCGACGGAGUCUUCUCCUGGAUCACUGUCGGCAUCGAUUCGACCGCCAACUACACCGUCACCCCUGCUGCCUACUAUUCUGCCGAGGGUGGCUACGAGAACGCCGAGUCUGGCUCCGGCGGGGGCGGUGGCUCUGCUCCUUCUGGCACUCCCCCUUCGUCCUAA